AUGCAGGACCCUAGCUAUGGAGUCGCGCAGCAGCUCCAAAACCAUGUCCACCUCACAUCCGGCCAUCGCUUCCCAAUCCUGCACUCGCUCAGCCUCCAGCAAGCCCAUGCCUACCUCCUCGAUGCCCCGACCAUCGUCAAGCAGACCGCGCCCAUGUCCUGGACCUACCUGAAUGCUCCCCAAGAUGGCACCGUCUUCCUUGAAUGGAUCUCGCGCGCCAAUGGUGAGCAGCGCUUCCCUUCCGACGGCUACGUCUGGGCAGAUCCAGAGCAGACGUACAGACAAGACUUCAACGGCUACACGGUCGAAAUGCUGGUGCACACCGUCGGCUUCAGACCCAACUUCGACCAAAUGGCUACGCACGCGCGAACGAGGUAUCAUUUCAUUCACAAAGCGCCUAGCCUCAACGCACCGCCGCCAGACCCCAGCCUUUGGAUCGUGCAUUACCACCGGACGGACCCUCACAUGGUCCUGGAUGUCCGACAGAUCCCAAUCCCUCACCCGACACGCGUGAUGAUGCAGGAGAGGCAAUGGCUCGAGAAGCAGGGCAGACUGGAGAAGAAGGACUUUAUGCUGCACGACCGCGACCACUGGCCGCAGAUCAGCGUUCCGAACAGCAUGCAGCAGAUGCCACAGCAUGGCAUGUACGGGCAAGGGAUGACACCGCAGCAGCAGAUGAUGUUGCAGCAACAACGAGGGUACCCAUCGCAGACGAAUUAUCCUAUGCAGCAGCCGCCGGCCAAGCGAGCGCGACACUCAGGUCCGAGUGGUGCUGCCGGGUCUAUUAGUGAAGGGCACGACAACAGCAUUGAGGAGGAGGAGAACACUGGCUUGGGAGACUUCUUCGACCAUCUCUCCCCUCGCGAGAUCAGCUCGGUGCGGUUUAUGCAACAUCAUCGCUGGAUGGAAGAGGUCUUCUCAUCUCCAUACGCCUCUGCUCGGAUCGUGCCGCCUGAUCUUGGGAUGGGACUUAUGGGCACGCUGAAGGGUCUAACAGAGGGUAUCCUAGAUCCACCGUCCGUCGAAGCGAUCACGAAGGAUUCGGAGGCUGCUGAGAGGGCAAAGGAGGCUCAGCCGUUCACGAAUUUGAAGAAGGAGCAGAUCGAUGAGUUCGGCAAGCGCGUGGAGAAGCAUCUUGAGGAGGGCCAGGCGGAGAUUGAGAGGAUGAAGCGGGAGCAUGCAGAGAAGAUGGCGGAGUGGAAGAAGAGCAGCAUGGUUCUGCAGGCGGAGAAGCGGUUACGGUAUGCAACGUGGGAAGGGCAUGAAAGUGCGGCGCCAGCCUAUAGACUGGAAGGGCCGCCAACUAAUGGACAUGCGGAGGAAGGAGCAGGCAAGGAGACGGUAGAGCAGAUCGUCGCGGAUGUUGAAAAGACGCUCGGUGUGAAGGUUGAGGGUGGGAAUGAGGCGACGCUUGUUGAGAAGGGCGGGCUGGAGAGAGAAGAAGCGCAGCAGCGAGUCAGCGAUGACAUGGGCAUGGGAGGGCAAGACAUGAAUGACUUCCAGCAGCAAGAUGCGAUGAUGAGCGGCGCGAACAACAUGUCUGGCCAACAGCAAGACUACGGCCAGCAGCAGUACCAGAUGCAGGCAGACACCUCGCAGCAGUACUCGAUGCCUCAGCAGUCCAUGUCAGCGCAGCAGCAGUACGGCCAAUCCACCCCGCAACCUCAGCAGCCUAAUCAAGGCCUCAUGUCCGGCAACAACAACAACAACAACAACAACAACGGCAUGGGCGGCAUGUCAAUGAACAUGGGCGACGACUCGUUAAUGGACGACAUGAACAUGGACGUCGACGUCGGCCAAGGCGAUAUCGACUUCAUCGAGCACAGCCCGCAGACAGGCGAUAACGAAGGUGCUCCUACACCCCUCGCAGGCGACACUCCAGCACAAGCAGCUUCCACAACGCAAGCCGCGCCCUCACAGACCGGCACACCCCUCACCCUCGGCGAAACCGGCCAACAAUCCGCUCCCUCGAACCAGCCAACCCCCCAACCCCCCACCGACCCUUCCGCUCCCGCGCCAGCAGCGCAAACAGUUUCUCAACCCGACGAAGCUUCCGCGCACCUCUCCACGAACCCUGACCCCAAGUCGCUUGACCAAGGACAAGAAGAUAGCACGACCAACCUCUUCGACGACGGCACGUUCGACGAUCUGGCUAAUAUGGGGGACGGAGGGGUAGGAGGGGACGACGGGUUGUUGGAUUUUGACGGGCUGGGCGACGGGGAGGGGGAGUCGGCGUUUGCUGAGGCGAUGCAUGGGACUGAUACUGGGACGCCUGGUAAUGAGGGUGGAGCUUAG